AUGGCAGAAUCGCAAGGAACGAUCCAAGUCCACGCCGACGCGGCAACCUACAACGUCACAAUCGCAGACUACCUGCAAAAUAACCCGACCAUCCAAAAUGUUUGCGUGGGAGCCGUGAUACGCAGCGGCAACCGGGUGCUUCUCAUCCGACGUGCCGAACAUGACUUUGCAGGACUCAUGUGGGAAGUUCCAGGUGGUGCAUGCGAAAGCGACAAGGACAAGACUAUCUUGCAUUCGGUGGAACGGGAAGUCUGGGAGGAAACUGGUCUUCAUGUGCGCAGGGUUCGGCGACUAGUAGACCAUCAAGAGUUUCAAGAUAUCGCUGGGACAGUCAAAGGCAGAUAUAUAUGGCGCAAGCUUACGUUUGGAGUCGAUGUGGGAGAAGGGUAUGGCUUAGAUGCCGCGCAGAUGCGCAAAGCCAUUGACAAGGCCAUCAAGAUGGAUCCCAACGAGCAUUGUGACUGGGGAUGGGCAACGGAAGAGAAUGUUGAGAGGGGUGAGUGGCAUAAGGGUAAGAUGGAACUUAUGGCGUUGCAGAAGAAGACGAUAUUGGACGACUUUGCGCGAGGAGAAGUUGAGAUUGCCUGA